UCAUCAUGUGACUGCAGAGCGACGAGCACAAAUUGAUUUCUCCUGAUUCGGACUCGAGCAUCGAAAUUCCCCGUCCGGCGUUGCAUUCGUCCGAUAUGUCUGCUUGAUCGGAACGUUUUCGUCAACGUCGGAUCUAUUACACGAUCGCUGAAAAAUCGUUUCCAACAUGUUAACACGAUACGUAACCUCGUUCGUCUCCAACCUUCUCGUCAGAAGUCCAAGAAUUUUACGGGAAAUCGAGCUCCGCCAGUUUCAUGACACGACGGUGGCGCGGCAGAAGAAAAAGAAGAGCGGCGGUUGGUUUUCGAGGAGUAAAAAGCCGGAAGGGCCGAAAAUAAUCAAGCCUUAUGAUUGCGCUGACUCACCGAAACCGAUUACCGAUCCUCGGUGCAAAGUCGCGGUUGUGGUUGGCGGCGCCGAUGGUUUCGGUUACGCUGCGGCCGAUCAUCUUUUAUGCAGAGGCGCACGAAGUGUCGUGAUAACGGACAAUGAUGUCGACGAAGGCAAUUUCGCGGCGCAGAGGCUCUGCGAAUCUUAUGGAAAAGAUCGAGUACAGUUUAUGGAGUGUCACAUUCAAAGUCCCUGCCAAUUCGAAGCAACAUUGAGUCAGGCGCGUGUCAGAUACAAAGAUAUAAACAUUAUUUUCAACGAUCUCGAUAAAGAUUGGCCUCUGACAUCGAACGAUGCGGGAAAGGAGGAGAACAACACAGCCAAGAUGAUGCGAGUGGAGAUGAAAAUUCUGCGGAAGGAAGGCGGCGGUUCCGGCGGAGUGAUCGUGAACUGCGCGAGCAUUUUUGGGUUCAUGGGGUGGCCCGAGGACCCAUAUCCCAUUUAUUGCAGAAAGGAACCCGUGAUCGAAGUGAUGAAAGACUUCGUGAAAGAUACCGAGAUGGAUCAGACUGGAAUACGUCUGGUAACUCUGUGCCCAUCGACCAAAUACUUCAGCGAAAUAGGGUUGCCAUAUUUCCCGGAAACCAUCCCUAACAAUCGAAUCCCCGGUGUGCCACCUUGCAUACCGACCACGAAACGUCAAAUAGGCCCAGCGUUGAGCUAUGUGCUAGCGUGGGCGCAAAAUGACAGCGUCUGGCUAGUAGAACCAGCGAGCAGCGUCCACGAAAAUCCUCGAUUGAUUCAUUUUCCGGCGAAGGAAGGCGAGAAAAUCGAUCCAACAAUUUACGAGAAAUCGCCUUGCGGUAAGCUCACGCCACCGCCAUGUGUUGAAUUCUCCAAAAUCGAUCGGUCGAAAGCUUGCCCCAAAAUAACAACGAUCUGCAAAAAAUAAGUUUCAUAAAAGAAAUAAAUCUUUCUCAGCGAAAGCUAUGUACGCGUGAGGGUCGAAUGUAUCGUUAUAAAAAUUGAUAUAAAUAAAUUCGGUAUAUUCGAUAAAA